AUGGAAGUGAUUCUCAGCCUUGGCAGACCAGAGACGGAGGGUGUUCACGAUAUUGUUCUUGUAUCCUGGGACUGGGUUGACUGGAAGCAUGUACUCUGGACGAGCCUUCUCCCAUGGAUUUCCGAAACGAAGCCAGUCAUCUGGCUCCUCAAUUUGCCAUCCGUCACGAAUGAGCUGCUUGAAGAUUCCGUAUUCGUAACGGAGUCCGUAUCCGUAAGCUGGAAUACCAAGAGUGGCCAUCGAGUCGAGGAAACAAGCGGCAAGACGUCCGAGUCCUCCGUUUCCGAGUCCAGCGUCCUCUUCGAUCUCCUGAAGCUCCUCGAUAUCGAGUCCGAGUUGGUAGAGAGCCUCAUCGACAGUAGCCUGGAUACCGAGGUUCAUCAUAGUGUUGGAGAGGGUACGUCCCAUGUAGAACUCCAACGAGAGGUAGUAAACUCUCUUUGGAUCCUUGUCAUAAUAGUGCUGUUGGGUACGAAUCCAACGGGAUACCAAGUGAUCACGAACAGUGUUGGCAAGAGCAAAGUAGUAGUCACGAUCGGUGGCGACGUUACGAUCCUUGAUGAUCGAGAAGUGAAGAUGUCGGUUGAACGCCUUCUUGAUGUUCGUCACAUUCUCCACUUGAGCGAUACCGCGAACGGAAAUCUGCUUACGACGGUCGUGAUCGUUGGUGAUCAUGCUGAACGUUUUUGGUGUUUUCGGUGUGGAAGAAGUGGAGUCGCCGCUGAAGGGCUGCUGAAAAUAAACAGGAAAAUUAUUUGGUAA